UGUCCACCACUCUUUGUGUGUUGAUGGUACCAACAUCUUGACCAUCUCCAUCAACCAUUGCGAGCAACACUCUAUAGCUCAGCCUUCAACAAACUCACCAUUCAGCCCACUCCUCGACCAUGAAGGUCUCGCUCUCACCACUGGCAUACUCAUCGCUUCAAGUCGCCAUUGUACAAGGAGACUGAGGUCACCACAACCCAUCUGCCACACUUUGGGUCGCCACCUUGGCGGCUACCCACAACACACUUGCCAGACCACUCAUCCGCAAAGGAUCUCCAUCGUCCGGACCUCAUCUCUCACCUACCAUCGACAUGUCAGGUACCACACCACCCGUUGAUCCGUCCCUCAAUGCAGAUGCCUCCACUAGCAGCAGCAGCAUCACUCGAGACCGCAUACAGCCAGGCGUACCUCAUGCUUCGACUCCCCCUCGCAAUCGAAGGCAGAGGUCGUUGUCCAGCGAGACCGAGGACGAGGUCAGUCACACCGAAUCCGAGACCCAGUCUUCAGAGCCACCGACGUCUUCGCGCAGAGUAGCAAAGAGGCCCAGGAUCGUCUUGCCACAGAGCGCUGCUGUCACAUCCUUAGGCUCGCGAACCACCUCUCCAAGCGCAAGUCGCAAUAGCACCAGUGCCAUACAGACGCCACCGCCAGCAGCCUCAUACCCGCCUCCCUCAGCGAGUCCAGCUCCAAUUGCUUCUGGCUCUUCUUCUCGCUCCAGCGCUCGGCCGAGAGCUCGCAGACCACCUCCAACUCGACCCAGUCAAAUACACGAUGCCAUCGUCAUCGACAGCAGCGAUGAGUCGGACGAGGAUGCUGUCAUGGCUUCUGUUGUUGUACCGCCGGCAGAGAUCAUCGGCACUGCCAGCGGACCCAGUAGCAGCAGGCUGCCAGGACGGCCGCUUUCGCCUCGCCGUGUAGCUCGGCAGAACCUGGCAUCGCGACCCAAUGGCCCCUCGACUCCAUCUGGGGCGUACUCAGACCCGGAUUCCUCUAUCCACGUCGAAAGGGUAGUACGGCGACCUCCUCCGAUCGAAAUCUUGGACGAUAGCUUGGUGGAGGAGGGGAGCGCUGCCUUGAGAGCAGCCUCGCAAAUAGCAGCAGACUUAGACUUGGCGCCUUCGCCACCUCCGCCACCUGGUCUACGCAGAGUACAAGUCUCUCCGCCAAGAACCAAACCCCCACCAGUAGCGCAUCCCCUCUUGAGCAAGUACACCUGUCCCAUCUGCUUCUGUGCGCCAUUCCCGCACGUAGUCUCUACUCCUUGUGGCCACGUCUUCUGCUCCGAGUGCCUCUUUGAAGCGCUACAAGUCCCCGCCAAGCAGAAACAAGAUGCCCUCAGGGAUCAGAUGGCCGCUUUCACCUCCCUCUCCACUCUGCAAAGGAUGGGAGGAGGUAUUGGUGGAGCAAUUGGCAACGCAUUGGGUCUGGGAGGCGGAGGAGGCGGCGAGGCGCAUGCUCCGCUGCGAGACGGUUCCGGAAACAUUGUAGGUGGGCAGAACCCUCCGACCAACGGCAGCAACGAGAAUGCAGGCAACGAGACUCCCACUACAGCAAGUGGCGCUCCACCUCCCAAGAUCAACCCUCUCGUGGGCAUCUGUCCCGUCUGCCGAGCAGAGAUCCCCGGAGGGUUCAUCGCUGGACAUCGUCCUGCGGCCAAACGGUCCGUCUUUGGCCUGGAGCUCAAGAUUGGCAAGCCGAUUGAUGAUCCGAGGAGGGAAGAGGCGGGAACGGUCUUCGGUGGGAAGCAUUGAUCGAAUGAAGGCUUUGUAAGAGGGCUCGCUGUGGUUUUAUGAGCCCUUGCUCUUGCAAGCAGCGGCAGACAUGUGCGGAAAAGCCAAGGGAGGAUCGAGUCAGCAGAGGUAGCAGCGGUAGACUCUAAUCUGUCCUUGAUCCUUGAGCGGAUAGAUCGACAGCCAGGAGCACUCCCUCGUGCCACAUCAAGCGCAAAGCGCUCCUUAUCACAUUGUGUACUUUUAGACCAUCGGCCCGUACUGUCCUAUCCGCUUCUUACCCUCAGCCAAACAUUCGAAGCUAU